AUUGCAUUGAUCCGACGAAAUUAUAUCUCAUAGAUAAAUGCAAUAUAUAUCUAUAUAAUAGGCUGCCCUGAGGCAGUAACUCGUAGACCACUAACCGAUAUCAGCUAAGGAAGUCUAGAAUUUUGUGUCAAACUGCGAUAGAAGUUGCUAUGUCAAGGAUUCGCAUUUUCAUUAUACUUGGAUUUGUUAACUUGACUCUAGGUGUAAAAUGGUCGAGUUCUAUUUCGACUUAUAAAGCAAUGCUGAAAUAUGAGAAUUUGAUGCUAGAAAGACUACACGGCCAAACGAUUUCAGCUCAAAAGGCUCUGGUAGAACUUAAGCAAAACAUAGAACAAAUACAGCUAGAGGCAAAAGAAAUAUACGAAAAUUUUGAACAUUAUUUCGAGCACCCUGUCAGGCAGUUGCAACUGAUGAAUCGUUAUAAAUACGACUGGAGAGAACUCGAAAAUAGGUCAAAAGUACCUAUGUUUUUGGCGACAAAACUAUACGGCAAUGUCACCAAAGCCAUGAAAGUAUUUCCCAAGCACCAGGACAGGGUAGCUGCACGACAAGCACUCCUUCGACUGGAGCACACUUACAAACUUGAUACUCGUGAUCUUGCUGACGGGAACAUUCGCGGUAAACUUGCUGGCAAGACCCUUUCUGCCACUGACUGUGCCAACAUUGCGGAAGCUGCGCAUGCUGUAGGUCGCGACGAACAGUGUAAAAAAUGGAAUGCAGAGUCUUUGUCAAGACUAUACGCGAUUGGGGUGAACACCAAAAAAUUUUCGUCGUUAUUUCCACGAAAAUACGUGAAUUGUUCAUCUAACUCCGACAAACCAAGUUUAACAGAUGGUACAUCUCUAUUGUACAGAGAACUGUGCAACGAAGAAAUUGUUCAGAAACCGAAGAAAUGCUAUUUGUGGACUCAAAAUAAGAACUAUUGGUUUGUUUUCCAGCCGGUGAAGACCGAAAUACUAAAUUACAGCCCAAGAAUAAUACGUUUCUACGACGUUGCGAGGGAUUUCGAAAUUGACUCAGUCAUCAAAAUUAGUAAAUCUAUACUCCAGUGGGGAUACGCCGGUCGUGAAAACAUACCAGAGGAUAAAAAUAUUAAUAUUACUUCACCAAGAGUGGGGCAUGUAGCGUGGUUGUUGGAAAAUGAAACAUACAAGACAGACAACGGCACUAAGGACGAUGCGAUAGUCAAGUCUCUGUCUAAAAGAGUUCGAACUAUCAUUGGACUUGGCGGGACAAAAGCUGAUGUCUUCCAAGUAUCUCAUUAUGGCGUAGGGGGUCAAUUUCUUUUUCACUAUGACAAUUUUGUGCGGGGUUCAGAGGGUGAAAAAUAUGACGGAAAUAGAAUCGCCUCAUUUCUUUUGUAUCUUUCAGACAUUCCGGAAGGUGGAUAUACUGCUUUCAAGUACCCUAAAGUAUAUGCAAAACCGAUAAAAGGAAGCGCAAUUUUUUGGUAUAAUCUUCUUCCCGACGGUGAAGCAAAUAUAUACGGCCUUCAUGCGGGAUGCCCGACAUUAAUAGGAUCAAAAUGGAUCGCAGUUAAAUGGUUUCAUGAAAAAGAAAAUGGCAUGUCCAGAAAUCCUAAAUAUUAUGAUGAUUGGAGAGGAGACUGAUGAAAAAUCAAGAUAAUCCUGCUAUUUUUUG